AUGUUUUCCAAUUUCACCCAAUUCGACCGAUUUCGCUGGAAAUUUGGACGAGUCGAUCGACAAAAAAUUAAUUCAAGUCGGAAAAUUCGGGUAGCUCCACAACAUCGACACGAUGGAAAAGGAAAAGAUCAAGGAGUCAAAACCGAGAAGCCACAGAAGGCUGGAGGAAGUACCAAGACGUGGAAUGUAGCUUCGAGCAAGCUCAUAGUGUGGAGAGAAGAGGAUAGCUGGAGACGUCGCUGA